CAAUAAAGAAGCACAUCAUAGAAGUAUUUUCGCGAGUAAUGAAAUUCGUAAUCGUAAUGAAAUCGUAGUGAAAUUCUUCAGAAUACAUUUUGUUUUGUUAUUGGAUAAUGAAGUCCUGCAUCUAGCGAAACCAAUGUUCCUUGUUCUGGGAAUCAUAGUUCAGGAAAAAUGAAGAUUGUUCGGAGUGUGGUAUUCUCGCAGCGGUACCAAGAAAACGAAAAAGAUUCAGAAGUGGCUACUCUUGAUGAGAUACGACGACGAGUGUGACGUCUGCUACUUCGUAAGACGUCAUUGAUGUCCCAGGUCCGGAGGGAGAGGCAAGGAGAGAAGACAGUAAAAGAUCGUCCAGAUCGAAUAGUGCAGUACAGAAGAGUGAUACACAGACGAAUAUUAACGCGUUUCACAAGUUUGCCAUAUUAGAUGAGCAUAUUUUGCAAGAAGUUACUACCUGCCAUUCAGUGCCCGGGAGAAAAACAGCGAAUAUUGCUAGAAUAGUCUCGCCUCUAGGUUACUUCUUCGGUCAGUAGAUCAUUAUUAUCCAUUUGCGUGUCUGUCUAGGUACCAGUCCGUAAGCCGAUAUAGUCGUCGUCGACGUUGUAGAAGAAGAGUGAGGAGGAAGCAAAAUAGUGUACAACUCUGAAACUGUGUUGAGUAAAAUUAUCUAACUAUAUACACACAAGGCACGGCACGGCGCAUACAUAAUAAGCAAUUCAUAAGCAUUCACAAUCAAAACCGAUCCAACGCAACACACCACCGAUGAAUACGACGCUUGACGAUAGCAGUACGGAAUGGUCCACUCUGCACUGCAGCAAGGAUGCAUUGACCGACUUUUUCGGUUGGUUCCUGCAGGGCAUCCUGGCCACGUUGGCCUUCACGUGUCUGAUCGGAAAAAGGUUCUGCGAGCCACUCUACAAUAGGCGAUCAUGGGAAACGUGGUGGUACGAUACAUCGAAGCAAGGCAUCGGUGCCAUGGUGAUUCACAUGACAAACGUUUAUCUGGCCCCACUUUUCCAGGGGGAUCCUUGUACCUGGUAUAUUAUUAACUUUCUACUGGAUUCCACGAUCGGCUUAUUUAUCAUUUAUAUCGGGAUUAAAACCUGUCAGUAUUUGGCGCGGAAGAAGAAAUGGGAUGCUAUCAACUUUGGCGAGUAUGGAGCUCCAAAAUCGUGGCUUUAUCAAACCUGGAUCUACGUAGGACUGAUGGCUAUCGUUAAACUUAUAACGACUCUGUUCAUUCAGCUCGACAUCUGGGACAAUGUGAAAAACUUUGUCCUGUCACCCUUCAAGGAUCCCCGAAUCGAACUGGCUGUGGUGAUGCUGGUUAUUCCGUUCUUCGUCAAUAUUCUAAUCUUCUGGGUUACGGACAAUUUCCUGAUGAGGCACAUCAGGAAAAAGCGCAAUACAGGUACUUCACAUCACCACGGAAGGGAACAUAGCCUGUUACAAAAAGUAAAAUACAAAAUGAUACAAAAAACCAAACCUAAUGACUCAGAAUCUGAUACUCUUUUAUCAGGAGAUGAAGAAAUUUUAAGUUUUAAAGCUUCGAACAGUGCUACAUCGUCGUCGCUACUGCAGGCGUCCGCAAGCUGUUCCUCGACGGCGGUGGCUGUGGACGAUACGGCAAUCAUUCUUACCUCAUCGGCGGCAUCACCUAGUAGUAAGCAAACGGUCCAGCAGAGAACUAGUGUGAUUAAUGUUUAACGUAGGUUUUUCUUUUUUUUUUUUCAACAAUUUUUAUAUCCUAUCUGUAUAAGUCAUGUAUAGUCUGAGCAACGCGUCCCCAAGCGGACGACACGCACCGCAUUUUCAUUGUUGAAACAGAGGGAAAUCCAAGGCAAUAGAUUAGCUAUGAUUUUUUUUGUUAAAACUGAGAGUAAAACAUGUGAUAUUUGUGUGUCUAUAUCUACAUAUAUACAUAUUUACAUAUUCAAUGCUACGUAAACUAGAGAAGCCAAAUUCAGGAAGGCUAGCAUAUGGAAUUGAUGGAGAGAGAAAUGUUAACUCACUCCAAACCAAUGUUACUGAACUUAAUUCCACUCAAGGAAGUCUUGAAGGAACAACAGUGAUUGGAUAUUACAAGAGAUUGAUAACUACUGAUUUGAAACUAAGCCCACUUACGGAUGGAUUACUAUUUUGCGCAUUGAAAGAAAGUCGAUCGGAGUAAAAAUGGAAAAUAGAAAACAUAUACGGAUAUUGUAUUUUGUAGGGCUAAGGUAGGCUAAGUCAACCAACAACAAACUAUUGAGUAAAUUCGGAAUAUCAACGAAAUAGGAAGAAUUGGUUUUAUUUUUAUAUAUACACAAGACAAAAAAAACAUCAAAAGAUUAUAUUGCCAGGAGAAAGCGAAGCAAAUAUAAAGUACCAUU